ACAAGAAUCAUUUUCAGUUCAGUUUAGUUAUUACAAAACCGCGGUGGUCAGCGUAAUUAACAGGUUCUUUGCGUUCUUUACUUUGCUGAGUGAGUCAUUUCUUAUCUGUUUUAUUGUUUUUCGGGUAGUGUGAAUUAACUUACUUUUUCUUACAACAAAUUCAUUCCUUGUUCUUGUGUAGUUUUAUUAACAGGAAAAGAAAAAUGUCGCUGUACCCGAGUUUAGAAGAUAUGAAAAUGGACCAAAUGGCCAAUGCCCAAUACACCCAAAUGCAAAGGAGUAUUGCCGCCUCACAAGCCACUGCUCCACCACCUUACACAUAUCCUGGAUUUGAUUCUAUGCCUGUCCCUGCAAUGGGAGCCGAAAAUAAACAACUUUACCCUUCAUUAGGGGAAUUUAUGGGGCUAGAAUUAAGUGAAGCUGUCAUUGCAGAGAACAUGCCAGAAUAUUCCCAAGUGGUUAUCUAUCAACAGAACGUUCCCCAAACUACAUCUACUGGUCUAAUAGCUCCCAUUUCUGGACAAUCAGUCGGCCUUCAAAGAGCUCAGGUCACUCACGGAGUUCGUCAAUUGAUACUCUGCAAAGAUAAAGAUGGCAAAGUGGGAGUUCGCGUCAAAGCCAUUAACAAAGGUGUAUUCGUCAGCGUCGUCGUCGAGAACUCACCAGCUGCCAUGGCAGGAUUGCGAUUUGGAGAUCAAAUCUUGCAAAUUAACGAUGAAAACGUCGCUGGAUAUACGAUGGAAAAGGUACACGCUAUGUUCAAGAAGAGCCCCGUUAACGGUAUCAAAGUCGUUGUUCGAGACAGGCCCUUCGAAAGAACUAUCACUUUACACAAAGACAGCGUAGGUUGUAUAGGAUUCCAAUACAAGAAUGGUAAAAUUAUCACAAUUGUUAAGGAUUCUUCGGCUGCUAGGAACGGUGUUCUGAUCGAACAUCAGCUGCUGGAAGUUGAUGGACAGAAUGUUGUAGGACUGAAAGACAAGGAAAUUACUAAUAUCAUUCAGAAAGCUGGACCCGUAGUUACUAUCACCGUUAUUCCGAGUUUCUUGUACGAACAUAUGAUUAAAUCAAUGAAGGGUUCACUACUGAAGGAUUUGAUGGACCACUCAAUACCCACAUUGUAAUUCGUUUUUAUCCAUUUUGAUAUAUAAGCACCAUAUGGCAAUCUUAAUAUCUAGAAUAGUAUAUUUGUAUUUCCUUAUAUGAUUACGUUCAUAGAUCUAUUUUUUAAUGUUUAUAUUUUAAUCCAACAUGCAUUUAAUACGAUAUAUUUCAGCGAUACUUAAAAAUCUAUACCUACUUGAUUAAAUAUGUGUGAGACGAAAGUAAAACAAUAAAAAGGAACUUACUUUGUUAAUAUAUUUUAAAAACUC